UAUAUACAUAUCAGUGAGUGAAGUCGAAAUAAAGUGUUAUAAAAUAAAAGCUUCGCUUGCUUGAUGUAUAUUUUUUAAGUUUUUUGUUUGAUUUUCUUACAUGAUUGUUUAUAAAUUGGUUUCUGGCAGGUUGGACGGUCUAAGCGAUGGAAGGAUUACAAUUUUGUUGAUCUGAAAGGACAAUACCAUUUUCAACGUUGGAGAUUAUUCUAUUGAGGAAUAAUGAUGAACGUAAAUUUGAGCAUCGUUCGUGCUGUUGAUUGUAUUACAGUUUUAAUAUUUUUGUUCGAAGGAUUUUAUGCUUUUAAUGACAAGAGACAAGUAAUAACAAUUCCUUUACGAAAGAAGAGAGAAUCUCGUGUUAAUAUUCAGAAACAGAGACGAGAAUUGACAGAUAGUUUAAGCCCAGAGUACCACGAUAAUUUAUCAGGAAGACCUGGUCAAGGCUAUUAUUUAGCUAUUGAUUUAGGUACACCGCCUCAAACGCUUAAUGUUCUUGUUGAUACUGGAAGUAGUAAUUUUGCUGUUGGUUCUUCGAAACAUGACUUUUUACCUGUUUUUUUUGAUAGAAAGAAGUCAGUAACAUAUCUUAGCAUGGAAAGAGAUGUUUCUGUAAUGUACACCCAAGGUAACUGGGAAGGUCGUCUUGGUUCUGAUAUGUUACGUUUUAUUGAUGGGCCUAAUGCAACUGUUCGUGUUGAAGUUGCUAGUAUAUUAUCUUCACAACAAUUUUUUAUAAAUGGUUCAUUUUGGGAAGGAAUUUUAGGAUUAGGAUAUCCAAGAUUGUCAAAGCCUGACCCAUCAGUCAUACCUGUCUUUGACAAGUUUGUUCAGGAUGGUAUUGUUAAAGAUUCCUUUUCAAUGCAAUUAUGCGGUAGCAGUGAAUUAGAUCCUAUUAUUGAUCCUACUGUUGCUGGUACAAUGGUAUUUGGAGGAAUUGACAGUAGCUUAUAUGAUGGUGAAAUGCUUUACACACCUAUUGUAAAGAAAUGGUAUUAUGAAGUUGUUAUUACAGAUAUAGCUGUCAAUUCUAUCAAGGAAAGUCUUGGUUUGGAUUGUAAAAAGUACAACUAUGAUAAGACAAUUGUGGACAGUGGUACAACUCAUUUGCGGAUUUCUGCCCCUGUUUAUGACGGUAUUCUCAGUAAAAUCAAGAAAUAUGAUAAGCUUCAUGUUCCUGAUGAUUUUUGGAAUGGUAAACAAAUGAUGUGUUGGACAGAUGAUAGAACACCUUGGAAUAAAUUUCCUGACAUCUAUAUUUCCCUCUUGUCCUCUACGUCAAGUUCAAAGCAUUUUACUUUGAAAAUACCACCUCAGCUUUAUCUCCGUGAAACGAUCGAGAGACUUUUCGAAUCACAACGUUGUUAUAAAUUUGCCAUCACAAGAGCUGACAGAGGUACUGUUAUUGGUGCUGUAAUUAUGGAAGGAUUUUAUGUCGUGUUUGACAGAGAGAAAAGUCAAGUUGGAUUUGGUGCUACCACUUGUGGAGCGGAUGGAAGACCUAAUCCACAGUCAAAAGUGUUGGGUCCUUACACAAGAGACCCAGUUGAUUGUCAGUAUAUUGAAUCCGAAAACUCAGAUACGACUCUCUUAACCGUUGCUUAUGUAAUGGCGGGAGUAUGUGUAUUGUGUUUAAUACCGAUCACUGUUUUACUCAUUCAAGCCAGUGUUAGAAGACGAAAUAACGCUUCUCGUGAAGAAAAUAAGGCUGUGUUUCCUGAGACAAGACUUACUUCGCCUUUAGUAGCAGAAGUGAACAGAUAUGACAAACCGUCCAAGAUUGGACGGUGAAAUUGAUGUGAAAAAUAUUUUUGUAAAUAGUGUUUCAUAAGGUAGGUUUCGGUAAUUUAUCCAGAUUAUCAGUAUUUUUUGAUGAAAAAUCAUCUUCAAUGAUCAGGCAAUCUACUCGUGAUUACAUCAUCCUUUAAAGUAACAGUCGUAAAAUAAAAAAUCUUCAAUGGUCAGGCAAUCUACUCGUGAUUUCAUCAUCCUUUAAAGUAACAGUCGUAAAAUAAAAAUCUUCAAUGGUCAGGCAAUCUACUCGUGAUUUCAUCAUCCUUUAAAAUAACAGUCGUAAAAUAAAAAAUCUUCAAUGGUCAGGCAA